AGUAAGUCGUGGACUUUUGAACAAUUGAAAACAUAAAAGCGGGAAAUUAAAGCAUAAAGAGAAUAAAAUUUUCAAAUUAAAAAAAGUUAAACUAUAGUAAAUUUCAAAUCUGUAAGAAAAAAAAAAACUAAAAAGUAGAAAAAAAUAAUAAAUUAUAGUUUAUGUGCUGUAAUUUAUAUUUAAUAACUGAAAAUAUUUAAUUUUUUUAAUUGUUAAUUUUGUGAUGUUCGAAUCUAUGUCGGUUGGUCAGGUCCUACCUUAAGUUUUGAAUUAAACACGACAACAACAAUACAACGUAAUAUAAAUAACAAAUAUAAGACAAUAACAACAAAAAGAAAAAAUAUAUAAAAAAUAAAACAUAAACAUUAAAUUGUUGUAUACGAAAUCAAUGAAAGAAAAAUCUAAUAAAUUACUUGUUUUAAAUCAAACACAAUACAUUCAAGCAGAGUGUACAAGAAAAUAAGAAAUAAUUACAUAAUUUUAGUAACAACAAAAACAAAAAACAGAAAAUUUUCCAAAAUAUUUAUAAACAAGAAAAUUCUUUAAAAACACAUAUGGAGCCAACAAAAACAACAAAUUUGUUUAACACAUUCUUCGCCACAUAGAAAAUAAUAUAAAUUUAUAAAAAGUAAAAAAAAAAAAAAAAUUGUGUGAUUUUGUAAUUUCGUUAAAAUAAAAAUUGAUAAAUUGCCGCCUGUUGCUGUUGCACUUUUUCUUAAGUCUACAAUUUUUAUAUCAUUAUGUUGCCGAGAAUAACGUUGGUGUUGUUUAUCUUAUUUGGAUUUCUCUUUAUAACUGAUUGCCGUGAAUCCACCCGCUCGAAACGUGCCAAAAGAGUAAGAGCCCCCGAACAAGUACACUUUGAACCAGAACCCCAUCAAGAUUUGGAAAGUGAUGACAGUGGUAGUCAAGAAAAGGAUUUACCCGAAAUACCCACCAAUUUCUUAAGUCCCUCCGUUAGGGAAUAUUUAGAAUUAGGAAAAUCAAUACCAGGACGUCCUGGUGUUGAUUAUCCCAUACUCUCUGCUAUUCCAUAUACAAACUUUUAUUGUGAUGAACAACCAUAUCCAGGAUUUUUUGCUGAUAUGGAGACCAGAUGUCAGGGCUGGCAUUAUUGUGACAUCGAUGGACGUCAGGCUUCAUUUCUUUGCCCCAACGGCACACAAUUUUCUCAGGCCGUUUUCGUAUGUGACUGGUGGUUUAAUGUUCGCUGUGAUUUAUCACCUCGCCUCUACGCCAUCAAUGCUCGUUUAUAUCAACGUCCAAAAGUGAAUCCCACCCGGCCACAUCGUAUUAUAACAAAAGAAUUAGUAGAUGAUAUUUUUAAUUAAAAUUACAAAUCGCAUUCCCUUAAAAAGGGGUAAACACAAUUUAAGAAGAGUGGAUGUGGAAUUUUUUCGGUGCUAAAGAGUUUUGAAGUUUUUUGUGGUAUAAAUUUGAAUAAUGAAAAAAUUUUAAAAUUCAAAAGAAAAUCUUGAGAAAUAGUUCCCUUUUUUCCCUCUAAUUGUGUUUACUUAGUAAUUAGAACAAGAAAAAUGUAAAUAUUAAAAUUAAAUACAUUUAAAUAUUUUAUAAGCCCAAUUAAAUAUUUCCAGAUUAUGAAUCCGAGAAUAUGUAACGAUAAAAUUUUAACAUGACAUAAGAUCAGCAUACUGAUCGGUGCAGUGAAGAACAUACUGUUGAAUUUGUCCUGCUGACAUUUUUAUUAAAAUUUUAAAAGUAGUUUUUUAAGCGAGUUUUUAAAAGUUAUAAGAAAAAAUGUGAACUUAUCAUGACAUCUAUAGGGUAGGCUUAUUCUGUCAAAAAGAUUCCGUUGUAACACAUCAAAAUAUUGGCCAUAGACCCACAAUAGAAUAUUUAUACUGGUUUCUUAUUAAAUUCUAAGACGAUCUAGCCAUUUUCAUUCAUCUGUCUGUCUGUUGAAAGCUCGAUAGAGUGCGAACGGAAAGAGCUAUUGAGCUGAAAUUUUGCAUUUUGUUUGGUAUUGAAAAUGGAAUAUCGACCGAUGUUUUCAACAAGCUCCCAUACAAGUGUCCCCCGGAAGACACUUAAAUCACACAUAAAUGUUUUGAAAAUACGAAUAUAGCGACGAAAUUUGACAUAAAUAAGUUUCAUAUGACUCAAAAUUUCUCUACCAAACUUUAUAAGGAUCGGUCCAUAAUUGACCCUACUCCCUAUAUAAGUUCCCCUUCAAAAAAUUACUUUAAGCUCAUUACUGACGAAAUUCGCCAUAAAUAAGUUUCAUAUGAUCCAAAAUUUCUUUACCAAAUUUUAUGAGAAUCGGUCCCCUUCAGAAAAUUACUUUAACGUUCUUUACUGGCUCAAAAACAUGAGUAUACCGAUGAAAUUCGAUAGAAGUAAGUUUCUCACGAUCCAAAAAUUCUCUAAUAAAUUUAGUGAGGAUCAGGGCCAAAAUCGACCCUACCCCCCAUAUAAGGUCAUCUUCUCAUAAAAAUGCGAGUACAGCGAUGAUAUUCGAUAUAAACAAGUAAAACAUAUUGACAAAAUUUCAAUUACAAUUACAUAGGUUCCAUUCUUGUUAUAACUUUUAUUUCUCUCGCCUUUUACUACUGUUUCUAAGAAAUUUUUUUUGGAGAAUUCAAUUAAAAUGGAAAAAUGGGUUUAAGUUGUUUUCUAAGAAGUGCUAAUUGUGUUAAACAGUUUAAGAUAUUAUUAAAAACAUUCUAUUGGUAACUUUCUUUUUUUCUUUUAUAUAUAAAACAAUUACUAUUAAGUUAAUUUAAGUGCAAUAUUUGUAUAAAUUAAUAAAUUUAAAAUUAUGAGCACACAUGUGUAAAAUACAUUAAAAAUUUGUGCUAAAAAUCUAUAUUUUUAUAUCCUUAUUAUAAUAUAGGUGGUGCUACACCUAUUUUUCGGCAAAUUUAUAUUCAGCUUAAAAUGUAUUUCUGGUAUUUUAAGUUUACCAAUCCCUCAUUUUAAAGAUGUUUGUAAUAAAAUAUAAAUUUUCUAAAUUUAUUGCUGCAACUUGAAAAACUUUUUUUACUAUAUGAUUAUUAGAUUUAUUUAAGUUGAUAAAAAUAACAUACUUUGACAUUCAAAGUAAAAUCCAUUUUCCUUUUUUGUAAAUACAAUUUAUUAAAAUUUUAUACAACAUUUUAAAUUCUCAAUAAAUAUAUAAAUAUGUAUUUUGUAAUGUGUAAUAUUAUAUUAUUAUGUGUAAUAUUAAAAAAAUUUGUGUUCCCUUAUAAUUUAAAAACAUAAUUAAUAAAUAAAAUAAAUAA